GGCCGCGGCGCACGGGCACGUUCUGGACGGCCAGCGCGCACAUCAUCACGGCCGUCAUCGGCUCGGGAGUCCUGUCCCUGGCCUGGGCCAUCGCGCAGCUGGGGUGGGUGGCCGGCCCCGCCGCCAUGCUGCUCUUCGCCUUCGUCACCUACUACACCGCCACGCUGCUCGCCGAGUGCUACCGCACGGGGGACCCGGACACGGGCAAGCGCAACUACACGUACAUGGACGCCGUGCGCUCCAACCUCGGCGGCGCCAAGGUCGCCUUCUGCGGCGCCAUCCAGUACGCCAACCUCGUCGGCGUCGCCAUCGGCUACACCAUCGCCUCCUCCAUCAGCAUGCAGGCCGUCAGCAGGGCCGGGUGCUUCCACAAGCGUGGGCACGCCGUCCCCUGCAAGAGCUCCAGCAACCCCUACAUGAUCCUCUUCGGCGCCGUCCAGAUCCUCUUCUCCCAGAUACCGGACUUCGACCAGAUUUGGUGGCUCUCCAUCGUCGCCGCAGUCAUGUCCUUCACCUACUCCGCCAUCGGCUUGUCCCUCGGCAUCGCACAGACUGUUGCAAACGGUGGGUUCAAGGGAAGCCUCACCGGCAUCAGCAUCGGCGCCGACGUCACCUCCACGCAGAAAGUGUGGCACAGCCUGCAGGCCUUCGGCGACAUCGCGUUCGCCUACUCCUUCUCCAACAUCCUCAUCGAGAUCCAAGACACGAUCAAGGCGCCGCCGCCGUCGGAGUCGAAGGUGAUGCAGAAGGCGACGCGGCUGAGCGUGGCGACGACGACCAUCUUCUACAUGCUGUGCGGGUGCAUGGGGUACGCGGCGUUCGGCGACAAGGCGCCGGACAACCUGCUGACGGGGUUCGGCUUCUUCGAGCCAUUCUGGCUGAUCGACGUGGCCAACGUGGCCAUCGUGGUGCACCUGGUGGGCGCGUACCAGGUGUUCUGCCAGCCCAUCUUCGCCUUCGUGGAGCGCCGCGCCGCCGCGGCCUGGCCCGACAGCGCCUUCGUCUCGCGGGAGCUCCGCGUGGGGCCCCUCGCCCUCAGCGUGUUCCGCCUCACGUGGCGGUCGGCGUUCGUGUGCGUCACCACCGUCGUGGCCAUGCUGCUCCCCUUCUUCGGCAACGUGGUGGGGUUCCUCGGCGCCGUCUCCUUCUGGCCCCUCACCGUCUACUUCCCCGUCGAGAUGUACAUCAAGCAGCGCCGCGUGCCCCGCGGCAGCACCAAGUGGGUCUGCCUCCAGACGCUCAGCGUCGCGUGCCUGGUCGUCUCCAUCGCCGCCGCCGCCGGCUCCAUCGCCGACGUCAUCGAGGCGCUCAAGGUUUACCACCCGUUCAGCAGUUAAUUCUUGCUGCUGUGGAUGUGCUGGGUGGGGCCUGGCCUGGCCUGGGUUUGGACGUAUGUGCAUGAUGCAUUCAUUGCGUUGCGUUCAACUGUGGUCAACAAGGGAGGGAGACAGAUGCAGAUGCAGUGUGAGAUGUUUGCAUGGAGGCCCCUAUAGAAACAAGUGAAAUGUUUAGGCGCCCUUGUGCACAUGCUGGUCGCAUUCCUUGCAAGAAUACCAGGGGUGGGGCCAGAAUGGCAUGAGCUGGGUGUUCCUUUCUAACUCUUCUUCUUCUUCU